AUGAUGAAAGCAAACCCAUUCGUGGCCAAACUUAUAGGCAAGCAUACGAAACUGUUAACAAAAAUCAAAGAAAACGGUGUGCUGCUGAAUAAUGCAGUUAAGAAUUUAUUCGAUAAGAAAGGCUUCUGCAACAGCGGUUCCGGCCAGAAGUUGUUAAAAAAUAUAAAACAGCUUGAAUGUGAAGCAAAAGCUUACGAAUUAGAGAAUAUCCAGCUGCGUGAUUCGCUUUCGAAAUUGAAGAAGCAGCUAGAGUUGCAGAUCCGAGGUAAUCAGCCAGGAAAUCAGGAACCUCAGCUGCUAGAUAAGCAGCAUGGAUGCGAGCGUCGGGAAAGUGACCGCAAGCUGGUAACUAAGGGUACUGCGAAGCGUCCAGCACCAAGACCUAGCUAUAAAGAGGUCAAGAAACCACGGCAGCAACUAGACCGUGAUUACUCGCCGGCUGUGCGUGGCAAAAAUAUCAAACUUGGCCUCACAGGUCUGAGGAAUUUGGGAAACACCUGUUAUAUGAACAGCAUCCUUCAGUGUCUCAGUAAUACGACCCCUUUGGUCGAAUACUGUACAAGCGACCGCUUCAAAAGCCACAUAAAUUCUGAUAACCAAACAAAAGGCCAAGUAAUCGAAGAGGUUGCUGCUAUCCUAAAAAAAUUGUGGACAGCUAAAUUUAAAAGCGUGGCCUGCAACGACUUAUGGCAUAUUGUGGGACAGUUCGGGGAAAGCUUUAGAGGCUCAGCUCAGCAGGACGCUCACGAGUUCCUCACCCUUCUAAUUGAUUUUCUACAGUCGGAUGUGCAGACCAUGCUUGUCGACCCUCGAACAGACCGGAUGAUUACUCCAGCGAAAACGGCUUGGAACGAAUUUACAAAGUGCAAGGAGAGCUUCAUACUCCAAUUGUUUUAUGGGCAAUUGAAGAGCACCAUCAAAUGCAGGGUUUGUGCCACGGAUUCACGAAGAUAUGAGGUUUUCUCAAGCCUCAGUUUGGAUCUGCCGCCCAAUGCGGAUGUCUGCGAUCUGAAAGAGUGCUUGGAUAUGUACUUCGGCAGUGGGGGCGUAGAGGGCUGGAAUUGUCCAGGCUGCCGGAAGAAAUGUGAUGCUUUCAAAAAACUGGAUGUCUCAGUACUUCCACCGGUCCUAGUUAUACAGAUAAAACGUUUCUGGCCCAGUCCUCAAGCUGGAGGUGGCUAUGAGAAGAAGAAAACGUUGGUGCACUUUCCUCUUGAGGACCUGGACAUGCAACCUUAUGUAGCACCCCUCGAAUUCGAGUUGAGACCAGAUAUUCCCAAAAAGUAUCGGCUGUAUGGCGUAUCGAACCACUUCGGCUCCAUUGGCAGUGGACACUACAAGGCACUCUGCAAGAGCCCUGUCUACGACAGCUGGUUUCAAUUUAACGAUCAAAUCGUGGAGGCUGUAGAUAUGUCAGCUGUAGUGUCAAGGGCCGCCUACAUUCUGUUUUACACCUGCUUGCCUCGUAAGCCACUUGAUGGCUGA